UUCCGCAUGAUGUGUCAAUAAAACAAAUAACUUCAUUUCAGGCGAAGUGAAUGGGAUAUUGCUUGGAUAUCAUUCCCUACAGUCUGAUUAAAAUUUAAUCAAAAUGGAUUAUUCUGGAAAAGAAAAGGAAGCUAUGGCCAUCAUGGCUGAGGCAGACAAGAAAAUGAAAACGUCACAUUCGUUGUUCGGAUCGUUUUUUGGGAGUUCCUCCAAGGUCGAGGAGGCCUGUGACUUGUACGCGAGAGCUGCCAACAUGUUCAAAAUGGCAAAGAACUGGGGUGCUGCCGGAGAUGCCUUCUGCAAAGCUGCACAGCUGCAUUUACAGGUGCAGAGCAAGCACAACGCAGCCGUGAACUUUCUUGAUGCUGGCAAUGCAUUCAAAAAGGCUGAUCCUCAAGAGGCCAUAAGCUGUUUCUGUCAGGCCAUUGACAUCUACACAGACAUGGGACGUUUCAACAUUGCAGCGAAACACCACAUAUCAAUUGCUGAAAUCUAUGAAUCUGAGUUACUGGACAUAGAUAAAGCCAUCUCUCAUUAUGAACAGGCAGCAGAUUAUUACAAAGGGGAGGAGUCCACCAGUGCAGCCAACAAAUGUCUUCUCAAAGUGGCAACCUAUGCAGCUCAGAUGGAGCAGUACCAGAAAGCCAGUGAAAUAUUUGAGCAGAUUGGGACUUACUCCAUGGACACUACUUUGCUGAGGUAUGGUGCUAAAGACCAUUUCUUCAAAGCAGCUCUGUGUCACUUCUGCAUGGAUAUGCUCAACUGCAAGCUGGCUGUACAGAAGUAUGAAGAAAUGUAUCCAGCCUUCUCAGAUGCUAGAGAAUGCAAACUUCUUAAGAAACUUAUUGAUGCACAUGAAGAGCAGAAUAUUGAUGCAUAUGCUGAUGCUGUAAGGGAAUUUGACUCCAUCACACGGCUUGAUCAGUGGCAGACCACUAUGUUACUAAGAAUCAAGAAGACCAUUCAGGACGAGGAGAAUGACCUUCGCUAAUGUGAACUCAUGAUUCCAAGCUCAUUUCCAAUUCUUUCUCUCACUUAACAGUGAUUCCUACCUUCCUUUUCUUACCAUCUUUAUUAUUUAUUCACAUAUGUGAAAAUAAAGGUCACCCCAAAUCCUACUAAAGAAAUUUAAAUUUCAUCCUAAAGAACACGGUCUUCUAGAAUGACAUUUAGGUUGAAUUUAGGUUACAAGGGUAAAUGCCUAAAUCUCAUUAUUUUGUUACCAUUUGCGUUCAUGCUUCUGCAUCUUCAGUAGUUGCUUUAUUUAUUAUUAUUUUAUUAAUGGUUAUAAAUUAUCAUUUGAUUUUCAUUUGAUACACACCAAGUCACAAGGCUUGUGUCCAUAUUUAGUAGUAUUAUUAGUGAAGAUAAUUCUAGAUUUGUGCAGAACUGUGUAACUGUGAUGAUCAGCUUGAAUCAGCUGAAACAGUACUAAUUGCUGUAUUUGUUUUCCUCUAUGGAGGAGAAAUAGAUCUUAAAUCAUUUUUUUAUAUAUAUAUAAUACAUUUAGCUUACGUUAUUUAGUUUUGUUGUACCAACACGAGAAUGGUCAUUUAUUUGGCAGGACUCUAUGACGUGAGGAUUUAUCAGUCCUCUUUCCACUCUGUCUGAAGGUGGACUGGUUAAUGAAUGUAUAGUAAAUGAAAUACCUGAGGAACCAGCUUGGCAUGGAAAUGUUUUACUUCUUCUUAAGCUAAUAUCAGCUGAGUUUAAUUUAUUGAUGUAUCACAAUAGGCUCAUCAUUAAAAGUCAUAUUGUUUGUUAUCUAAAAUUAACAAUUAACUUAAAUGAUUAGGCUUCUUAUUUAUUAAGUUAUUACAUUUUACAAUUCAAUGCUUUUUGUGUUGACCGUUUCAUCUACAUACAUGUUCAGAUGCUUAUGACUAGUCAUGAACAAUACAGGAACUUAAGCAUGGAAAAAGCAUGGCAGAAUAAGCUUAAUGUUUCAAAACAUUAAGUGUAACCCGAAGUAUAAUGUUUGGAGGCAAGCAGUGGAAACAUGCAUGAAUUCAUCUAAAUCUAUGUUAAACUGAUUUAGAAAGUUAAUAAAUUAUUUGAUCCCCUC